AUGUCUACUGAACGCACUUAUAUCAUGGUCAAGCCCGACGGUGUCGAGCGAGGUCUUGUCGGAGAGGUUAUCAAGCGCUUCGAGAGCCGUGGCUACCAGCUUGUUGCUCUUGAGCUCAUGCACCCCACCAAGGCUCUUCUUGAAGAGCACUAUGGUGACCUCAAAACCAAGUCCUUUUUCCCUAAACUUGUGACCUAUAUGCUUUCUGGCCCUGUUGUUGGUAUGGUUUGGGCUGGCAAGGAUGUUGUCAAGACUGGCCGCAAAAUGCUCGGAGAGACCAACCCACUUGCCUCUGCUCCCGGCACCAUCCGUGGUGACUUCUGCAUUGAUGUUGGCAAGAACAUUUGCCACGGAUCUGACUCUGUCGAGUCUGCCGAGAAGGAAAUUGCCAUGUGGUUCCCUCGUGGUGCUAAGAGCUGGGCUCGUGGUCUUGACCGUCUCUUUUACGAAUAA